AUUCGACCGGGAUUGGAAGAAGAUCGAAGCCUUUGUUGGAUCGAAAACAGUGAUCCAGAUACGAAGCCACGCACAGAAAUACUUUCUCAAAGUCCAGAAGAAUGGGACUAAUGAACAUCUCCCACCUCCUCGACCAAAGAGGAAAGCAAAACAUCCUUAUCCGCAAAAGGCUCCUAAAUCUGGUACUGUCCUCUUUCUACUUUACCUUUUGUUGUCUUCUGUCUCCUCAAAUCUUUAUCCCAACCUCUCAUGCUUGUGGUUUUGCUGCAGUUGCUCUUACAUCUUCCAACGCAUUGCUUCAGCAUGACUACUUAUACAGCACUGAUUCACAGCCGGUGAUUAGUUGCACUCCUAAGCAUGGAUUUGUGCGCUGCAAUGUCAAUACGCCAAAUUCAAUGAUUAAAGAGGAAUUGGGAGUCCCAGAGAACUGUUGCAGCACUAGUGGUAGUAGAGAUAAGCAGAGGACUCGAACCGUUACUGAGAAAAAUGACCAAGAAAGUUGUGGAAAGCCACAUAGAGUGAUGCCAAAUUUCGCUGAAGUUUACAACUUCAUAGGAAGUGUAUUUGAUCCUAAAACAACAGAUCAUGUCCAAAGAUUAAAGGAAAUGGAUCCAAUAAACCUAGAAACGGUCAUCUUACUGAUGAGAAAUUUGUCUGUAAACCUGAGGAGUCCCGAGUUUGAAGAACAACGGAAGUUGAUAUCAUCAUACAACGCCAAAUAGAUAUGAAGGUAGAAUGAGAAGAAACCAUUACUCUCUUUACUGGUUAGUAGCCUCAAUAUCGAAGUUUUGGAGUCUCGUGUCGAGCUCACAUUACCUACAAUGUGACUGGAGCGAAAGAAUGAGGCGGUUGUACAUACAAGUCAACAUCAUAGUAGUCCGUGUAGAAAGACAGACAGUAGCGUUUGUUUCUGUAAUAAUUUUUAAUCGUUAAUUAGGUUUUUAUACUUGUUUCAUCCCUAGUUGCAAACUUCGAGAGAAGGAAGAUAAGCCGAAGCUUGGUGGGAUCGUCAGCUGGCGUAGAAUUUAUGAUGCUCGUGUUGUGCUCUCUUUUUUGGAGUACAUCAUAUAAAUUAAAAGUAUUGAACACACACAAGUAAAUUAAAAAUAAUAUGUUUGUUAUUCUA